AUGGCUUCGGGUUCAGGACAGGACCAAGAUGACCUCCAAGAACCGGUCCAUGGACAGGGCGAGGAGUCCAAGGCACCUCCCCCACCCGCCGCCGCCGCCACCGCCGCAGAGCCACCUCCCCUUGCUCCGCCCGUCGUGUGCAUCCAAGAACAUGAGCGACCGGGAGACGGAGGAGAGAGCCCCUCCACAGCCGCUGCAGCGGCGGAGGAGAAGGCCGCGUCGGCCGCGGCAGAGCGGAAGGGCAAGAAGGUCAUGGAUCCUUCCCCGACAUCUUCCUCGGCAUCUUCCCCGCCAAGCUCCGUGGGCAGCAGCCCACCCAUCACCUCCCCCGUCGUCUCCGUCCCGGGAGCUGGGGAGUCGAGCUCUGUGGCCGCUGUGGACAGCGUCAGGAGGGCGACGGUCUCUUGGACGGAACCGCUGGUGCCGAAGGUGGUGAGGUCGAUCGAUUUGAAGAACGCUUUCGACAUCAUGCUGCUAGAGCAGAAGGCGAUCAGGGAUUUGGACCGGCGAUGGGCCGAGGCGGAGAAAAUGAAGAAGCAACAGACAAUCCCCAUGACCGGGAUCAUUGAGCAUUAUGAGCUCCUCGAUAUGGUUGCGGGACGAGGAAUAAUUUUCCAUUCAAAUGCGCUGCUCCUUCGUCGUGCCUAUUCAGACUUUAGGACAGUAUUUGGAGAUGGAGAACAAGUUCUUGAUAGGCCGGACACACAUGAGGAACAUCGUCUCCUUGCUGCUGUUAAAGGAGUGGAUAGGCAACAUGAGCGUCUUGGAUGGACCACUGAAUUUUCAUGGAGCCGCAAAUACCUACAGUUUGAGAGGAAUUUUCGAGAUAAAGCAUCACAAGCCCUUGAGCCGGCAGAGUCCAGGAAUGGCUGUUGGGGUUGGGCCAUCACCGCCAUGAGGGUUGGUUUAUUUGUUGUUUCAUCAAUAUGUCAGACGGGCCUCAGCUGGGUUGUGGCACGCUGCUUUGGCCACCUUCGAGUGCCGCAGCCCCCAGAGCCAGAAUUUAGUUGGCUGUCUAUGAUGGGCAAGCCCAUCAUAAACACUGAUUCAAGUUGUACAAUCUCUGCAUGCACGAUGUGCAUUGAGGCCCAGCAUAGGCUGGCUUUUGAGCGAAUUAAUGGGAAGGGGUCCUUCCAAUGCAAGGCUAUGGCGCCUGGGAAGCUUAAGAAGGUAUGCUAUAAGAGAGAUGUUUGGGAUAGUGAGUCAGGGGCAAAGGCGGGUGAUGUUUUGCACGUCAUUUUUGAAAUGGGAGGUGUGCUGACCACAGACUCAACGAAUAACAUCAAACUCCCCAUAGAUGGGCAUGUGCUCAUCAGACAAGACCCUGACUUGGGGCGAAAUCGCUUUGCACGGCUACUUUAUUCGCGUGGCCCCGUCAUCGGUUCUCUUUGGGCAGCGGAUGGAGACUAUGAAAGUUGUCAGGGAGAGUGCGUUUACAGAGGACGAGAAGAGCAGUACUGUGUCCCAGGUUCUGGUGCCUACCACGCUGUUGUAUGUUGUCAGUAUCGGUUCAGAAAGAGCAAUAAUGAGUUGCAAAUAAGAAUUAUGGACAACUAUGCUGCUGAUGGACCACUGAGAUGGGUGUUGUUUGAAGCAUUUAGGUUCUUUUAUCUCCCACUCGUAGAAAAGCCUCUUGAACCCCACCAGCUGCGAAGGAAGAAGAAGAAGAACAAAGAACAUGGUUUUUCGACAAUGGUGAAAAAGGCACAUUGGUGGACUAUCUGUCGGGAGAUUGGCAGGUACUAUUAUCUGAAAAAGAGAGAGAUUCUAAGAUAG